AUGGAUUUUCUUUCUAAAUUGAAACAAAAACACCACCAAUCAAAUAAUAAUCUAUUUGAGCUUCUUCCAGACGAUGUAAUCCUUAUUAUCUUCAACAAAGUAAAAGAUGCCAAGACCCUUGUUAGGUGCUUCUCCGUCAACAAGCAUCUUGCCUCUCUCAUCCCCCAAACCGAUGUCGUAUCGCUCUCUCUCAUUGCCCCUCGCUCUUCUAACUCCCACUCUCUCGACAGGAACCACAACAACAAGGGUAAUUUCGUAAAACACGUUAAAUCCGGCGUUAAUUACUUAGCCACCAAGCUCCUCCAAAACUGCUAUGUUCCGACUGCCGCCCCCACCACAAGCAACAAACAAGAAGUCCCCUUCUCCUCCGACGAUACUCCGUGUCGGCGCCUUAGACUAUUCAGCCAUAUCUCGUACCUCCGGGUAGAGAUUCAUUCCGAUAUUACUGACGCCGGGAUUACAAGAUCCAGUGACGAAAUCUUCAAGUGGAAAGCCAGAUUCAGCGGCAGGUUAAAGAGUUGGACAUUGCUCUGCUGCUCGAAAAAGCUUCGCUACUUCGUCGGUGGCGGCGACUGGUGUCUGAAGUCGGGGGCGCUAACACAGUUCAAGGAGAGGGAGCAACGCAUGAACUUGAGUUUCAGAGAUGCGUACGCGAGAUAUCGCCUAGCGAGGGAGAUGGCGACACAGUUCGCAACGCUGAAGAAGGUGAAAGUGACCGAUGCAAAGAGGGAGGGAAUAUUAUCGAUGACGGAGGAUGAUAUUGGCGAUAUGAGAGAUUCGUGGAGGGAAGAAGAAGAGGGAGAAGAAGCGGUGUAUUUGUUACAGAUGUGGUACGUGCCGUUAUUGGAACUACCUAUGGCGAAAUGCAUGUGGAAAGAUGCUAUGUUCAUCGUGAUUCGACCUAUGGAUAUUAAUAGCAGACUGGUUGACUUUGGAUUUGACAGUGAUACAAGGGAGCAGAGGAUGUUCACGGAGGGGAUAAGAGAGAUCAUGAAGUCUCCCAAGGCCGACCGCCGUGCAUGGAGGUGGAACUCCACCCCUGUUGAUCGUCAGUUGCAGUGA